CUGUCAGUGCAGUCACAUGUGCAUUGUUCAGUUGGUUCGCAAGUCAAAUGGAUUUUACAUUAGUUAAUAGAAAGACGGAAGUUCAUGUUGGAUCUUUGAUCUCAGUGCUGGGUUCAUAUUAUGAAUCAUCACACAUAUCACAUCUAGAUAUUGCCCUCUAUAUUCAGAUUUCGUUUCCUCCACUGCAAAUAUCCCAUCUCUUUUCUUGUACUAUCCCUUCAAAACUCGCUUACAACGGAACCACCCUUUUUGUGCUGCUUUUCCUUGUUUUUCCCUACUAACCAAAAAUGGCAGCUGCUCUCGCUGAGUUGGUCCUCCAUAAGCUGAGUUCCCUUGCUGCUGAUCAGGCAAGCCUCCUUUGGGGUCUCAGAAGCGAGAUUCCAAAACUUGCAAGCACGGUUUCCAGCAUCCAAGCUGUGUUGCUAGAUGCAGAUAAUCAGGCUGGUAAGAGUCAUCAGGUUCAGCUAUGGCUGCAAGGACUGGAAGAAGUCCUUUAUGAUGCUGAAGACCUGCUGGACGAUUUCUCUACAGAGGUUCUCCGGAAGAAACAACAAAUGGAUGUCAAUGGCGUGGUGAAGGAGGCACGUCCUGUGGAUCCAGUUGCUGCUAACAAGGAGUGGAGGCAAACUCACUCUUCUGUCCCUGAUGUGGUUGUUGGGAGAGAAGGAGAUAAGCAGAUGAUAAUAGACAUGUUACUAUCGUCUGGUAAUAAGGAGAAAGUUGUAGUCGUCCCCAUUGUUGGAAUCGGGGGAUUGGGGAAGACAACAGUGGCGCAAUUGAUUUACAAUGACAACAAAAUCCAGUCUCAUUUUGAUUGCACACAUUGGGUAUGCGUCUCUGAAACUUUUGACCCAAAAGCCAUGGUUAAAAAUGUUUUGGAGUCCAUUACCCAACAAAAGGUGGAAGACCUUGCCUUGAACACACUCAAGGAUCUUCUGCACAAGCACAUCAAGAAUAAAAGGUUGUUGUUAGUUUUGGAUGAUGUCUGGAAUGAGGAUACAGAAAAGUGGGUUCGCUUUAUAAAUAUAUUCUCAAGUGGUGCAGCGGAAGGUAGCAGAAUUGUAGUGAGUGACCACUCGUCUUCGAAUUGUUGCAAAGAUGACAGCAACUGAGAUGAUUGGGGCCACAUGAGUUGCAAGGUCUGUCUGAGCUCGAGUCUUGGUCUUUGUUCGAGAAGAUGGCUUUCAAGGGAGGAGUUGCGCCGGGUCCAAGAUAUAUUGAGAUUGGGAAAGAGGUUACGAGGAAAUGUUGUGGAGUGCCAUUAGCUAUAAGAACAAUGGGGGGUCUUCUAUCCUUCAAAGAUACCGAGUCUGAGUGGGAGGCAAUAAGAGAAAAGCAGUUGUUGAGCCUAGAUUUCAGUGGACAAGAUAGUGAAAUUUUGGCUGCUACUCUUAGGUUGAGUUAUGACAAUUUGCCAUCUCAAUUAAAACGUUGUUUCGCCUAGGGCUGAAAAUUGGCCCGACCCGCCCCUGACCCUGUCCUGACCCUGUCUGACCCGCCCCUGAAGGGUCAAGAUGUAUAACUGACCCGCCCCGACCCUGUUUCUUUCAUGAUCCUGUCUGACCCUUUAGGGUCGGGGCGGGUCAGGAAGGGUCGGGUCGGUGGGUCGACCCUAAUAAAUAGACUACUUUUCU